UCUACGGGCUCUUCCAUUUCCCUCUCGCUCUUUCUCUCACAGCACCGCAAUUUCUAUCGCUGAUUUAAAACCCUAGAAUUCCGAUAACUGAACGGCCGAUUUCGAGCUCCAUUGAUAUCAGCCUCGACAUUUAGGAGUUUCAAGACAGACAGCUGAGAAUAGUUAUCCAAAGUGACCAUGUAUAUGCUCUGAGUAGUACACUGAUUGUAAUGCCAAGUAUUAGAAGAUUCAGUUGCAAAAUUUUACAGUCAAAGGUUCUGGAGAAUCAUCUAUGCCUGGCAAUGAAUUUGGAGAUAGCGUUCACAAUUUUUUUGCACAAGACAGCUUGUCACAAGUACAACAUAAUUCCCCGGUAGCGGACAUCAAUUGGCCAACUUCAAGGGGCAAUAUGUGGGCUGGAAGUCAGAGACAAAUAGGUGUACUGAGUUCCAACAUGAAAAAUUACAAUUUGCAGAACUCUGACGCUGGGAGAGGAAUAAGCAGUUAUCCAUUCAAUGGGCAACAUGGUUUAAAUUUUACACAGCCAAUUCCAAGACCUGAAUUUGGUAAAAGCCAGUCACAGAGCCAGCAGCCAAAUUUGAAUGGGUACAUGUAUGGUAAUCAGUUUUACCAGACAAGGCAGGAUGAAACAAACUUUCCUGAUACUAGUUCUGAUCAACAUAAUAUAGCCUCGGCAGGCUCAUCUUUUUUUGAGUCACAGCAAUGGUUGGGUCCUGAGCAGCAGACAGGAGUAUCUGUUAGAUCAGAACCUUCGGAUAGUCCUGUCAGUGGCAAUCUUUUUGGUGGUCAGCAAAUCUCCCAGCAGCAAUCAAGCAUGCUGCAUUCUUUGCAGCGCCAGCAGUCUGGGAUUAAUGACAUGCAGCAAUUUCAGCAGCAGAUUAUGUUCAUGAAGAUGCAAGAACUUCAGAGACAACAACAACUUCAUCAACUGGAAGCAAGGCAACAAAAUACAUUGAAUCAAGUUUCUUCCUGUCCCAAGUUAACUUCUGAUGUCCAUUCCUCUGCAUUAUUUAAUGGCACUGCGAAUUCUGGUGCAUUAAAUCAUUCCUGGGCAAAUGAGCUUGGCAACACAAACUGGUCGCAGCGUGGUUCUCUAGUACUUCAAGGGUCCUCCAGUGGACUCAUUCCCACCAAUAAUGGCCAAGCACAACACUUAAUGGGUUUGAUUCCUCAACAGAUUGAUCAAUCUCUAUACGGAGUUCCUGUUUCUAGUUCAAGACCAUCUCUAAACCAAUUUUCACAAGGGGUGACAGAUAAGCAAGCAGUGCAGCAAAUGCCAAAUUUUAAUAGUUCAUUUCCAGUUAAUCAAUAUACUUCAUUAGCAGAUCAAGUCAGUGGGCAGGAUGGGAUUUUCCUCUCUAGACAGAGACUCCAGGUUGAUAAUGUAUUUGGAGAUGCUCCAAGCCAAGCUCUAUCUAAUCCAAUGGAUGUGGGUAACCUUCAGCAAGUUGAUAGUAUGCAAAAUGCGUCAGCUCUACACGAAUUUCGUGGCAGACUGGAUAUAGCUGUUCCUCCAGAAACCGCACAGGAGGAAGCAGCAGGGGGAGCUUCUCCCUCACAGGACAAAGUAGGAUUAGAUCCUACAGAAGAACGAAUUUUAUUUGGUUCAGAUGAUAAUAUAUGGGCCGCCUUUGGCAAGAGCCCUAUGAGCGGUGAAGGUGGUAAUCCUUUUGAUGGUGCUGAAUUGCUUGAUGGGACUCCAUCUAUCCAAGGCGGUACUUGGAGUGCUCUUAUGCAGUCUGCUGUUGCAGAAACUUCUAGCAGUGAUGUUGGUCUACCGGAGCAGUGGACUGGUUUAAAUUUUCAUGGUGCUGAAAUUCCUUCCGGGAGUCCCAACUUGACAUCCAACAGUGAGAGACAUAAAACAACUCAUUCCGAAGACAACUUGCCCCAAGCCUCAUCGUUGAAUUCUGUUUCUGUUCAUUCCUCUGGUAGCCCCGAUAUGAGAAAUAGCUAUCACAAUGUUCAGGGGCAGAGGUUUCCAUUUGAGCCAGGCAAGAGUCUGCAAUCAAAUUCUUCUCAAAGACUUGUGCAGUCAUCAGACGAAAGAAAUAAGUGGUCUAAGUUAGGUCAAUCACAGAUGUUGGGUGCUGAAGGUUGUCAGAUGGUUGAGAAGACUUCAAAUCUUGACAGGGAAAUGAUUUCAAAAAACAUUUCUAGUAAUUUGGCACCCGAGCUUGGUGGAGCUAAGGAACAAUACAAUAAAUCAGCUGGUUGGAGUGUUUCUGCAAUGCCCUCUGGAGAUGCAGUAGAUUACAAUCAGAAGAAGUUCAUUCAAGGUGAAGUUGUUCGUAGGGGUGCGGGAUGGAAUUCUAAUCCUGGCCGUAAUACUACGGUUACUAUGGCGCACACAGAAUCAUCUGUGGGUAGUCCCCAAGCAAAUUCUGAGGUCUUUGGCUUGCAUAAUUCUGCCGCAAUACCAAACUCAAGUACCAUGACGAGUGGCAAGGGAACUAGUCAGUUCUUGAAAAAUAAUCAUCAAUCUAGUUAUUGGAAGAAUGCUGAUCCGUUGGUAAAAUCUAGUGUCAGCAAAGGGGAGGUCUUACAGCAUCAUGUUUCUGAGGACAACCAGCUUUUGCACUCAUCUCCGGAUAUUGGCGACAAAGAGGGUAAAAUGCAUGAGAUGGAGAACAGUGAUAAACAGGAGAACUCAAAUGACAGCCAUCGCUCUAACUUAUCCCCUCAUUCUUCUGCUGGUGAUGUUAGGGAAAAUGUAUUGUCAGAUGCUAGGGAUUCAAGGUUUCUACCUACUGGGAAGCAUAAGUUGUCUGAUGAGGUUGGCCGUAGAAAUUCUUGGGCUAACAAGUUUCAGCAUCACCCUAUAGGAAACGUGGAUAAGGAUGCAGAUCCUACUUGUGGAAUGAAACACUCUACUCAUUCUCAGCCUAUGUUGCAGCAGAAUGCCCACUAUGGACAGUCUCUGUUGGCUCAGGUUCCUAAUAUUGAGGCAGAUUUGGCAAAGGUGCGUGCAUCUGAUGAGCUGACUGACGAAAAAGGCUAUGGGGUGCACUCUGGUGGCGACUUUCCUGGCGGUGCAUCCAAUAUGUCUACACUGAUAAAUAGAUCUUUUGGGCUACCACCAAAUACGGCUCCAAAAUCUAGUCCAGACAUGCUACAACUUCUUCAGAAGAUGGACCCAUCGAGAGAGCGUGGUUCUACAACUCACUUCAACAAUUAUGAACAUAAAGCAUCGUCUGAUAUUCCUGAAGCCGAAAAUUCUGAUGGGUCUGCUGGACACCUCUGGCGAAGUCAGUCUUCUGCCUCUCAAGGUUUUGGUCUUCAACUUGGCCCUCCGUCUCAGCAGAUAUCAGUCCAAACCCGUCUCUUGUCAUCCCAAGGUCCUAUCGAAGCAGUUAACUCUUUACAUUCAAGCCAUUCUAUUGCUGAGAUUAGAGAGAAAAGUCGGGGGCAGAUGCUCCGUCCUCAUCAGGCUCAAUCCUCGCCUUCCCCUUCUGAUCUCUUACAGCAAGAUUCGCAGCAUAACACAUCUAGAGUUCCAGGAAGUACAAUUAAAGAAGCUGAUGCGCACACCAUGUCUGGGAACUUUUCUUCAGCAUUUGAAUCAGCUUCUGGUCAUACUUACUCGAGAAAUCCGCUUCAAAAUCCCCACAUGGUUAGGGCUAGUGGGAAAGAUUCAACAAAUCAGUCCAUUGGUGUAUCUUUUGAUGAACAUGCUUCCCAUUCAACAGAAAAAGGAGAUUCUGGCAGAGGACCGUUGCCAGAUGGGGCUGGCAAUAUACCAUAUAGCCCCACACUCUCUAUGGGGAAGUGUCAGUUAAGUAAUGCUAAUGGUCCCCAUGGAAGCGUCUCCAUUAAUCAAGCUUCGUCCAAGGAGCCAGUGUCAGCUUCUCCAUCCUUUUUAAUGCCUGGGAUAACUCUGCAGGGUGCAUCUUCCAAAAAGUUAACUAAUAUGCAGACCAGCUUUCCACCACCACCGCACCUUUUUAGUAGUCAGUAUAGCAAGGAUCCUUCUCAUAUCCCCCAGCCGAAUCAGAUGAAUAUUAUGGAAUCAUCAUUAUCUGCUUCAGAGAGGCAAGGUGAUCAAGAUGCCAAUAAUGGAGGGACUUUCAUGUCUGAACUUGGCUGUGGUUCAGUGAAUUCUCUGCAUUCUGUCGAGGGGGAAGAGCUGCGAGAAAAGGAGAACACUUCUGAGCCAGUACCUACUGUAAGUGUGGACUUGGUGCAGGAGAUGGAUGAUUCACAGGGUAGAGAAUCUAUUGUCAAGAAUCUCCACGAAUCCACCUCUAUGCAGAGAGAUAUUGAAGCCUUUGGCCGAUCACUGAAACCAAAUAGCUUUCCUAAUCAAAGUUAUUCCUUACUAAACCAAAUGUGGACCAUGAAAAAUGCGGAGACCGACCCAAGCAAUAUGGCCUUCAAAAGAAUGAUGGUACCAGACAGCAGUGCAGCUACUCAGCAAGUUCCGUCUGCUGAUUCUAGAAUGCUAAACUACGCUGGGCCAGAUGAUUUGCAGGGAAGUCUAUCAUUUCAACAUGGAGGAAGGAUGACUGCUCAUGAUGUUGCAUUUCGACAGGAUGAAUCUCAGACUGGCUCUCAUAACAGCAAUACUAGUUCUGUUAUGCCUGAGCAAACUCAGAUUAGUCCACAUAUGGCCCCAUCAUGGUUCAAUCAGUACGGAAGCUUCAAAAACGGGCAGAUGUUGCAGAUGUAUGAUGUACACAGAGCUGCUGCCAUGAAGACAGCGGAACAACCUUUCACUUCUGCGAAGUCUACCAGUGGUUUGUAUGCUUUUAACUCUAUUCAGCAUGUAAUCCAUGCAACUGCUGAUAGAAGUCAAAUUGGUAAUCUCGGGCAAAGAUCAGUUGCCAACUCUGCUGGAACUGAACAUUUUUCUUCUCUACAAACGUUGCCCAUGAGCGUUGAUCAGCAGAAUCCAGUCAUGAAGCCCCAAAAGCGGAAACGUUCUACAUAUGAAUUCACUCCUUGGUACAAAGAAAUUUCUCUGGAUCUAUGGAGCGAUCAGACAAUCAGCCUGUCGGAUAUAGAGUGGGCCAAAGCAGUUAAUAGGCUUACUGAAAAGGUUAAAGAAAUUGAUUCUAUUGAUGAUGGGCCACCAAGGCUUAAAGCUAGAAGAAGGCUUAUAUUGACCACUCAGCUUAUGCAGCAACUAUUUUAUCCUCCGCCAACAGCAAUUCUAUUUGCUGAUGCUAAAUCGGAGCAUGGGAGUGUGGCUUACUCCAUUUCCAGAUUGGCAUUAGGGGAUGCAUGCAGCAUGGUCUCUUGCUCGAAUGCUGAUACCGAUACACCUCAUGAUGGCAAAGAACUUCUUCCCGACAAGUGCAAAGCAUCUGAGAGAAAUGAUAGACAUCACUUUGACAGAGCUGUGGAGGAGUUAAUGGGAAGAGCUAGGAAGUUAGAAAGUGACUUUGUGAGUUUGGACAAGAGAGCGGCACUAUUAGACAUGAUAGUGGAAGGACAAGAUCUGGAGAAGUUCUCAGUCUUCUAUCGAUUUGCAAAGUUUCAUGGUCGGGGGCAAUCCAGUGGUGCUGAGUCAUCUUCAACAGAUGCUGCUGCGCAUAGCCAUAAACCUUUUCUGCAAAGAUACGUAACUGCGCUCCCAAUGCCUCAAAAUCUCCCUAAUAGGGUACAAUGUCUUUCACUGUGAUCAUUGAUUUAGUUAAUAUUUUUUCCGCAUUCUCGUCAUCAAUCCACUAGCUCCACAUCCCUUGGAAGUUUUGUUGCUAAUUAUGUACUGGCACUAGCAGCAGCAGAAAUAGAGCCACACAAAGCAAUUGCUGAAAGAACUGUCUCUAAAUUUGCUACCUCGAAUGCAAUAUAGGCAGUCCAUUUUGCAUGUAGGCCGAUUAUGUCUAUUGUCAAGAAAUGUGGUUCGUUCCAUGUCUCUCUCUCUCCAUUGUUAGAGAUAGAGAGAUGUCCAUAUGUAGUUAGUUCAGUGUUGUGAAUGUAAUGGUAAUUAUUUAAGGUCAGGUGUAGUGUACUUGAAUUUCAUCUUCUAGGUAAAUAUAUGAUGCCUAGGCUUAUCUUAGUAGGUAAAUAUGAAUGUCAGCUUUGCGAAAUUGUUGUGUUCGCUGUUUGUACCUUUUUGAUACCCACCCUCACCCCCUCCUGCGGACAUCGCAAAGAAAGGAUAUAUUUAUACAAAUAGAAUCCCUUAACAGCUGUUAGCAAUGUCAA